AUGAAUGAUGAUUUUCAAAGCAAAGCAACCAGCUCUUCACGGCUGCCCUUAGAUGAGACCGUUCGCCAUGCGUGUGUUCCCUUCAGAAGGGAGUUCCACCUUGGAGCACUGGUGUUAUCAAAUAAGAAACUGAGCCAAGAGAAGCAGCCAAUCAAAGCUGUCAUAUUUGACAUGGGUGGAGUCAUCCUACCAAAUCCAAAGGGCAUCUUCCAAGAGUUUGAGUCUCGGAAUAACAUUCCUGAUGGCACCUUGCUGAGUGUGAUUGUUGAGUAUGGUCACAUGGGUGCCUGGGCUAAACUGGAAAUGGGACUCUAUACUGCCAGUGAAUUUAUUGAGCAUUUUAGCCAAGAAUGCUCAGAAAAGGUUGGACGUCCUGUGAAUGUCUCUGAAUUACUUCCCAGCUUUAAUCGGGCCAAUGUUCGUCCGUAUCCUCAAAUGAUUGAUGCCAUCAAGUGUGUGCGUGCUGAAGGCCUCAAGAUUGCCUUACUGACAAAUAAUUGGCUCAACUACCAGACACAGUCUUUUCUUCCUCUUGACCGAACCCUUUUUGAUGUGAUUAUUGAGUCAGCAGUUGUGAAGUGCCGAAAACCAGACCCUAAAAUUUACCAAAUGUGUCUUGACAGGCUGAAGCUGUCCCCUGAGCAGACAGUAUUUCUUGAUGAUCUGGGCAUCAACUUAAAAACAGCCAACAAAAUGGGAAUACACACCAUCAAGACUUUAAAUCCUAUCUUCUCUCCUGUCUUUCUUCUCUGUCUCUCUCUCUCCUGUCUUUCUUCUCUGUCUCUCUCUCUCCUGUCUUUCUUCUCUGUCUCUCUCUCUCCUGUCUCUUCUUCUCUGUCUCUCUCUCUCUCCUGUCUUUCUUCUCUUUCUCUCUCUGUCUUUCUUCUCUCUCUCUCUCCUGUCUUUCUUCUCUGUCUCUCUCUCUCCUGUCUUUCUUCUCUGUCUCUCUCUCUCCUGUCUUUCUUCUCUGUCUCUCUCUCUCCUGUCUUUCUUCUCUGUCUCUCUCUCUCCUGUCUUUCUUCUCUGUCUCUCUCUCUGUCUUUCUCUCUCUCCUGUCUUUCUUCUCUGUCUCUCUCUCUCCUGUCUUUUUCUUCUCUCUCUCUCCUGUCUUUCUCCUGUCUCUCUCUCUUCUUUCUUCUCUGUCUCUCUCCUGUCUUUCUUCUCUGUCUCUCUCUCUCCUGUCUUUCUUCUCUGUCUCUCUCUCUCCUGUCUUUCUUCUGUCUCUCUCUCUCCUGUCUUUCUUCUCUGUCUCUCUCUCCUGUCUUUCUUCUGUCUCUCUCUCUCCUGUCUUUCUUCUCUGUCUCUCUCUCUCCUGUCUUUCUUCUCUGUCUCUCUCUCCUGUCUUUCUUCUCUGUCUCUCUCUCUCCUGUCUUUCUUCUCUGUCUCUCUCUCUCCUGUCUUUCUUCUCUGUCUCUCUCUCUCCUGUCUUUCUUCUCUGUCUCUCUCUCUCCUGUCUUUCUUCUCUGUCUCUCUCUCUCCUGUCUUUCUCUCUCUCUCUCUCUCUCCUGUCUUUCUUCUCUGUCUCUCUCUCUCCUGUCUUUCUUCUCUGUCUCUCUCUCUCUCUCCUGUCUUUCUUCUCUGUCUCUCUCUCUCCUGUCUUUCUUCUCUGUCUCUCUCUCUCCUGUCUUUCUUUCUCUCUCUCUCUCUCCUGUCUUUCUCUCUCUCUCUCUCUCCUGUCUUUCUUCUCUCUGUCUCUCUCUCUCCUGUCUUUCUUCUCUGUCUCUCUCUCUCUGUCUUUCUUCUCUCUCUCUCUCUCUCUGUCUUUCUUCUCUGUCUCUCUCUCCUGUCUUUCUUCUCUCUCUCUCUCCUGUCUCUCUCUCUCUCUCUCUCUGUCUUUCUUCUCUGUCUCUCUCUCUCUCCUUUCUUCUCUGUCUCUCUCUCUCCUGUCUUUCUUCUCUGUCUCUCUCUCUCCUGUCUUUCUUCUCUCUCUCUCUCUCUCCUGUCUUUCUGUCUUUCUUCUCUCUCUCUCUCCUGUCUUUCUUCUCUCUCUCUCUCUCUCCUGUCUUUCUUCUCUGUCUCUCUCUCUCUCUCUUUCUUCUCUGUCUGUCUCUCUCUCCUGUCUUUCUUCUCUGUCUCUCUCUCUCCUGUCUUUCUUCUCUGUCUCUCUCUCUCUCCUGUCUUUCUUCUCUCUCUCUCUCUCCUGUCUUUCUUCUCUUCUCUGUCUCUCUUUCUUUCUCCUGUCUUUCUUCUCUGUCUUUCUUCUGUCUCUCUCUCUCUCUUUCUUUUCUGUCUCUCUCUCUCCUGUCUUUCUUCUCUGUCUCUCUCUCUCCUGUCUUUCUUCUCUGUCUCUCUCUCUCUCUCUCCUGUCUUUCUUCUCUGUCUCUCUCUCCUGUCUUUCUUCUCUGUCUCUCUCUCUCUCCUGUCUUUCUUCUCUGUCUCUCUCUCUCUCCUGUCUUUUCUUCUCUCUCUCUCUCUCUCUGUCUUUCUUCUCUGUCUCUCUCUCUCCUGUCUUUCUUUCUGUCUCUCUCUCUCCUGUCUUUCUUCUCUGUCUCUCUCUCUCCUGUCUUUCUUCUCUGUCUCUCUCUCUCUCCUGUCUUUCUUCUCUGUCUCUCUCUCUCUCCUGUCUUUCUUCUCUGUCUCUCUCUCUCUCCUGUCUUUCUUCUCUCUCUCUCUCUCCUGUCUUUCUUCUCUGUCUCUCUCUCUCUCCUGUCUUUCUUCUCUGUCUCUCUCUCUCUCCUGUCUUUCUUCUCUGUCUCUCUCUCUCUCCUGUCUUUCUUCUCUGUAUCUCUCUCUCUCUCCUGUCUUUCUUCUCUGUGUCUGUCUUCUUCCCUCCCUAACAAGGUCCAAGUAACUGAUCCUGACCAAGCUGUUGGAGAUCUGGAAAGACUUCUUGGUUUCAGCCUUCAAGGUUACAUGGAAGGAACAGUGUCCAUUCCUCAAAAGCUAACCAUACCUAUUGAUGCGCUGACUUCCUAUCUUAACCAGACAUUUGAUCUUCCUCCUUCAAGUGAGGUGCCUUUGGUUCGAUUGUACAAACAUGGAAUGUCUAACCCGACAUAUUAUGUUCGCUAUGCAGGGAGAGAAAUGGUUCUCAGAAAGAAACCUCCUGGUAAAUUAAUUCCACUUGCUCAUGCAGUUGAAAGGGAAUUUCGGGUAAUGGAAGCACUUGGCAAAAGGGGUGUCCCUGUACCCCCAAUGAUUGCUAUGUGUGAUGACUUAAGUGUACUGGGGACACCAUUCUAUUUGAUGGGCCUAGUACCAGGAUCCAUUUUCAAGAAUCCACUGCUGCCAGAAAAACAUGAUUUUGAAAGGAAGCAGAUUUAUUCUGCCAUGAUUGAUGUUCUAUGCAAAAUCCACUCAGUCAAUGUCACAGAAGCGGGACUUGAUGAUUAUGGCAAAAAAGGUAAUUAUGUCAAAAGGAAUUUUACACGUUGGGCAAAACAGUAUGAAACUACUAAGACGAAAGAUAUUGCAGCCAUGACAGAAAUGAUGGAAUGGAUAAAAGACAAUCUUCCUGAGAACGAGACCACGACGUACACACCCAGGAUUAAAAUUGAAUCUAAUUCAAAACUUAAUGGUUAUUUUAAUUUUCUACUCUGGUCUUUAUCUAUUUAUACACACCUCUCUCUAUCUCUGCUUGUACCUCUACACAUCUUUCUUUUGCUUUCUCUGCUUGACCCUCUACACAUCUCUCGCUCUCUACUUGCCCCUUUACACAUUUCUCUUUCUCUGACUGCUUGCUCCUCUACAACUCUCUCUCUCUCUCUGUUUCCCUCUCUACACAUCUAUUUCACUCUCACUGUGCUUGGCCAUCUGCACAUCACUUUCUCUCAUACUCUACUUUCCUACUAUAACAUCUCUCUCUAUCUCUCUGCUUUCCCCUUUACACAUCUCUUUUUCUCUCUUUCUGUGCCUUUCUACACAUUUCUCUAUCUCUCUCUACCUGCCCCUUUCAUUCUCUCUCUCUCUCUCUCUCUCUGCCUGCUCCUGUCUUUUCACCUCUCUUUCAGCUUUCUUCUGAAUACACUUUAUUUUCUUUUUCUCUGUCUGCCUCUUUACACACCACUCUCUCUCUGUCUUCUUACCUUUUUACCUACCUCUCUCUCUCUGCCUGCCUCUCUACACACCACUCUCUCUUCCUCUGCCUGCCUCUCUACAUGCUAA